UUAUUUAAAUCACACCUACAGGCUCCUGCUCUGAAUUUGUGAGAAAAGUAUUUAACACAGGAGGCGAUUCAGUCCUCCACUAUCUCAUGUAAUUAAUCACAUGGAAGCAAUUAGGAAACAAGCAUCCAAGCUCCGAGAGCAAGUCUCUCGCCAACAACAGGCUGUCCUCAAGCAAUUUGGAGCUGGUGGUUAUGGUGGUUCUGAUUUUGCUAGUGAUGGAGCAGAAUUUCAACAGCACCAGAAACUUGAAAAAUUAUACAUAUCCACACGCGCUGCGAAGCAUUUUCAAAGGGAUAUUGUACGUGGUGUAGAAGGUUAUAUUGUUACUGGCUCCAAGCAAGUUGAAAUAGGGACAAAGUUAUCAGAAGAUAGCAGAAAAUAUGGUGUUGAGAAUACAUGUACCAGUGGCAGCACAUUGUCAAAAGCUGCAGCAAGUUUUGGACGUGCUCGUGCUCAAAUGGAGAAGGAGCGUGGAAAUAUGUUGAAAGCCUUUGGUACACAGGUUGCAGAACCUUUAAGAGCGAUGGUAAUGGGAGCUCCUCUUGAAGAUGCUAGACAUCUUGCCCAACGUUAUGAUCGAAUGAGACAAGAGGCUGAAACUCAGGCCAUUGAAGUUUCAAGACGACAAGCUAAAUUGAGAGAAGGUACAGGAAACCCAGACAUCGUUUCGAAAGUUGAAGCAGCAGAACAAAAGCUUCAGGAUCUAAAAUCAAACAUGGGAAUAUUGGGAAAGGAAGCAACUGCAGCAAUGGCUGCUGUUGAAGCUCAGCAACAAAGGUUGACACUCCAGCGACUUAUUUCCAUGGUUGAGUCGGAGCGUGCUUAUCAUCAGAGAGUACUCCAGAUACUUGAUCAGCUUGAAGGCGAGAUGUUAUCAGAACGACAGCGAAUUGAAGCAGCACCUCCUGCUCCCAAUGUGGAAAGUAAUCCUCCACCGCCACCUUAUGAAGAAGUAAACAAUGUUUUUACUACAACACAUAAUGGAUCAUCUGAUGACAUGGAUUAUUUUCUUGGAGAAGCUCUAUACUCGUAUCAAGCAGAAUCGGACGUGGAGCUUAAUUUGUCAAUUGGUGACUAUAUUGUUGUUCGCAAGGUGUCUAACAAUGGCUGGGCAGAAGGUGAAUGUAAUGGGAAAGCAGGCUGGUUUCCAUUUGGAUACAUUGAAAGACGGGAACGAGUUCUUGCUAGCAAAAUUGCUGACUUAUCCUAGCACAAUCUGGAUCAUAUUUGUAGUGUGCCCGUAUUAUUUGAGCGAAACAUAGUGAGCAUGCAUUUGUAGUUGCAAAUACAGAAAGCCAGCUUUUUUUUUAUUAUUAUUGUUACUAUUAUUACUUUAUGAAUUUUGUUUUGUUAAAUGUAUCUGAGUUUUGGUUUUCGUAAA